AUGGCCACGAGUGGGUCAGAGAAGCCGGUGAUUGUGGCUGGAAUCGACGACAGUGAUUUCAGCAAGUACGCUCUCGAAUGGAUUCUUGAUCACCUUCUAUCCCCAGCACUUAAUUCUAUCUUCAAGCUUGUUCUUGUUUAUGCCAAACCUUCUGCUUUCUCCAAGAUCGGUUUUGUUGGCCCUGGAGCCACUGACUUGUUUCCUGUUGUCGAAGCGGAUUUGAAGAGAACAGCAGCCAGAAUCACUGAUCAUGCUAAAGAACAAUGCAUGGAGAAAUCUGUAAAGGACGUAGCAAUGGAAGUGGUGGAAGGUGAUCCUAGAAAUGUUCUUUGUGAAGCUGUGGAAAGGCACCAUGCUUCAAUGUUGGUUGUGGGUAGUCAUGGUUAUGGGGCUCUAAAAAGGUACAUUUUGAUCCCAGAUAUUGCUUUGCAAUGGUAUAGUUCACGUGUGAAAAAGUUGUUAAUGGGGGCGGUUUUGGGCAGUGUAAGUGACUAUUGUGCUCAUCAUGCACACUGCACUGUCAUCAUCGUGAAGAAGCCAAAGGCCAAACACUGA